AUGCUUGUGAACUUUUCAUUUACAGAAGAGAAAAAGCAAAUGAACCUGCAACUCCCUGGUGGUGACAAACAGAAUGAGUCUGAAAAGGAUGCAGACCAGAAUGAAGAAAUGUUCAAAAUGAGUGAGUCUCAGGAGUCUGUGUCACUGGCUGAUGCCUCAGCAGAGAAGGCACCACAAGAUCCUGACACAGACCUAGGAGUUGAAAAUCCUGAGAAGGCCUUUGCAGACAUUAUGGGCACAGAGCUAUACCUGGAAGCAUGCAGGCUGAUGGAAAUGGCACCUGUCUCACACUUCAUUCAAAAUCUGGCCAAGCCUUACAUAAAUCUGAMCCGCCAUGGUCUAGGACCUAAAGGCAUCAAAGACUUUCUUAGUGCUCUGGUGUCCAACAGAACCAACACAACCAUUACACAAUUAGAGGAAGACAACUGUAUUUUGGUAGAAGGAGCCAUAUGCAGAGCAGAGAUGUAGUGAGAGAAUUUAUCCCUUCARGUCCAAAACAUCUCUAACAAGCAUCUAGACAUAUCAGGAGCUGGCAUUGCCAGUUUGCUUUUGGAUUAUGAUGUGUCCUACCUCGAUGUUCUUCAGCCAGAUGUGGACUUUGAUGGACUGGAGGUUCUACCUAAAAGCACAGUUUUCUGCAGACCCCAGCACUGCACCAAAGGAGAGAUCAGUACAUUGUUAAUAUACUUUUCUUCCCUGGGAAACAACUUUGUAGAGGAGACAGCACCAUACUUUGCUGAGGCAUUAAUGGACAAUUACCAAGUGAAGGAGUUGAACCUCAGACAUAAGGAGUUCUCCGAGAAAGGAGAACAGCUCCUGGGACAGAUGCCUGGUUACAACAACAUGCCUUCUGUUAGACGUGACAUCCUCAUUCUCACCAUGUCUGGAUCUAUGACUCUUCUUUUACAGAUGGCCAGCAAUCCCCUGACCACUGCCACUGCACUAGUCACCACCAUCAGAAAGAACCGACUCCCUCCAAAUUCAAGACUCCAGGACAAUACACUAUGCAAUGAGUUGGUGAAUGAAACUUGCAUCAAGUAAGACUAGGCAUGUCAAAGGCAUCCUGAACUAGAUGUCAUCUACGGUGAGGUCAAAGGCUGUAUCACCAAGAUCCAACAGCAUCCAAAUUCCAUGGAAAUGAUGCAUAACUCUUUGAAACAGCMCAAUCUACAACUCGAGAACUUCCUUAGGAAUAUUGAUAAGGAUGGGAACAUAAAGAUUCCUGUGGCAGCUUUCUGGAAAGCCAUGAUGCAGCAACAAAGCAUCCCACUGAACUGAGUUCAAAUUGGGAAACUAGUGCACAAUCUAGACAGGAAUCAGACAGCAAUUGUGGAUUACAGUCACUUAAAAGAGCAGGAGCCAGAACAGAAGCCUAAGGAAGGGAAAACUGAGGAGGAAGAGAGGGAAGAGCCAUAA